UAUGAGCCUGUGCAGGGUGCUGAAGGGCCACUGAGACUAAUGGCCAGCUGCUAUUUAGUAGUGACUUUCUUUUCUCACUAGUCACGUCGCUGUUCUUGAACGUGUGGCGUGCAGAAUCAAAACUGUCUUUUCAAUAAGAGUCCACUGCUAGCCGACGCGAGCCCAAAGACAGCAUGAUGUGAAGUCCUGAAAACAAGACAAAGUGUGUGUGGUAAAUUUGUUUAAGAGUGGCGGCGCCAAUGCAAAUGCAAGUGGCAGGCAAUACCAAGGAUCCUCGCCAGGAUGGUUUGAAUGGAAAAUCGGUCAUUGUGGAAAGGGUUUGCUGGGUCUGACCCUGGCUGCUACUAGACAAGCAAGUGUGAAAUCCGUAUGAAAGGUAAGCAGCUGAUAACAUUACCCAACAAAGGCAAUAUCAUCUUUCACGCUCUCCACGUUUUCCUUUCCAGCACUCUCAUCUGCCUACACCGAUUUUGUUCAUCUCGCCUCGCUAUGUAUAUUUGUGCAUUUUUCCCAUCGCUGGUCUGUUGUUGCUGUCUGGCGAUGAAUGAAACGCUCCCAAACAUCAAAUAGCAUUGGCGUGAAGCGCUGAAAACUGUGCAUAGCUGUUUGAAAAGGACCGCUACUCUGUGGUCUUUGUGCUUCCCUUUUCAUCCCGCUCAGAAUGGGCAGCAUAUCGGACAGCACUCAGCUUUGUUUUCAUUUCAAAGCUUAUUGCAUUUCUGUAAUCGCCACCCCAAGGUUCGUCACAGUUUGCGAUAAUAUCCAGUUCCAUUUCUAAUGUUUACUUUGCAAUUAGGAGCAUAUCACUCAUGCCUGUGGGGUCUGUUGCCAUAGUUACAAUAGGGUUCCGAGGUCUAUCAUCUGGUCCUUGCGUCCACCAAUCAGCUUGCAGAGCUGAAGCUGCAACAUAAAGUAAAGAUGCACAUCUUUCAGCAACACAGUAGUAAAAAACAGAAAGAGAUUCAUGAGUAUAAGAAAGUACUCCGGGGUGGCAAGUAGGCGACUGCGCCCAGUCAUGGCGGACCGCAGAAAUCACAGCAGAGGAGACACCCAGCAGGAGAGGCAGAUUCGAAUGGGGACAGUCGAUAGUCUGGAAUGGACCAUUUUUUGGGGGACAAUCACCUUGGAUUCUCUGAAAAAGAGGAGGAUGCCGUUUUUACUGGAACUUGAUACAGUCAAUGGUACUGAAAUGGAAUCUUCUGUCAAUGGAGGGAGAGUUGGGGGAAGCCAGAAAACGCAAGACAGAAACGUACGAUUUCCUCAGGAGGAAUUCUUUCGCAGUGGCAUUAAUAGAAGCCUGGAUAUAAACUUUCUGCCUUGUGGGCUGUACUGGGACAGGGUGCAGGGACACUGUGAGCAUGAGCGUAAACGAGACGGCCUGUUAUCUGCCAGAUGUGGGCGGCAGCUUCACUGAGGAUGCCCCCAGACCUCCAGUCCCCGGGGAGGAGGGCGAUCUGGUGUCCAGCGAUGGACGGCAAUACGGCCACAGCUUUUACUCGUCUAAGAGCGAGAGCCUCAAGAACGAGACCUCCAUAGCUACGCCCAGAAGACCCGACCUGGACCUGGGCUACGAGCCCGAGGGUAGCGCUUCCCCGACGCCCCCCUACUUGAAGUGGGCGGAGUCCUUGCACUCGCUUUUAGACGACCAAGAUGGCAUCCACUUGUUCAGGACUUUUCUCAAACAGGAGGAGUGCGCAGACAUGCUGGACUUCUGGUUCGCCUGCAGUGGCUUCCGCAAGCAGGAGGCCAACGAAGGCAACGAGAAGAUGCUGAAGCUAGCCAAAGCCAUUUACAAAAAGUACAUCUUGGAUAACAACGGCAUCGUGUCCCGGCAGAUCAAACCGGCCACCAAGAGCUUCAUCAAGGACUGCGUGAUGAAGCUUCACAUCGAUCCCGCCAUGUUCGACCAGGCGCAAACCGAAAUUCAGACUAUGAUGGAAGAAAACACCUACCCUUUGUUUUUAAAGUCCGACAUAUACUUGGAAUACACCAGGACGGGCGGAGAGAGUCCCAAACUGUUCAGCGACCAGAGCUCGGUGUCAGGCAACGGCAAAGCCCUGCCGGGCUACCUGCCAACUCUGAACGAAGACGAGGAAUGGCGGUGCGACCAGGAACAGGGGCAGAACCUCGAAAGCGACCCCACUCCCAGCAACAGGCUGACCCAGAAGCUGCUCAUGGAAACCGUGCCUCAGCGGGUGGCCAGCAGUAAGAGAUAUCAGGACAACCGUGAGUACAGACACGCGUCAUGGAGGGAGCCCAUCAACCCGUACUACGUGAACACUGGCUACGCGCUGGCGCCCGCCACCAGUGCCAACGACAGCGAGCAGCAGAGCAUGUCCAGCGACGCAGACACUCUCUCCCUGACCGACAGCAGUGUAGAUGGAGUCCCACCUUAUAGAUAUCGUAAGCCGCAUCGACAUGAGAUACACGAAAGUGCCAAAGUUAAUGGGCGAGUGCCACUACCUCAUAUUCCUCGCACAAACCGGAUGCCAAAGGAUAUUCACGUUGAGCCGGAGAAGUUUGCGGCGGAGCUCAUCAGCAGGCUGGAGGGGGUGCUGAGGGAACGUGAGGCGCAAGAAAAACUGGAGGAGCGGCUCAAGAGGGUUCGGCUGGAAGAGGAAGGUGAUGAUGCGGACAUCUCCACCGCUCCCUCCCUGGCCAAUCACAGGAUUCCUCCUGCGGUCCACGUGCAGCAUUAUGGCGGUCGCUACUCUGAAAUGAGCUACAAUGGGCUGCAGCUACGGGACGCACACGAGGAAAACCCCGAGAGCAUCCUGGACGAGCAUGUGCAGCGCGUCAUGAAAACCCCCGGCUGUCAGUCUCCGGGCACGGGCCGCCACUCUCCGAAGUCCCGCUCCCCUGACGGGCUUCCCGCGGGCAAGAUUCCCGGGAUGAUGAUGCCGCUGUCCAGUGGCCAAGGCAAGCACCAGGCUCGGCUGGUCCCGAAGGGUGAAGCAGCGCACCAUCACAAACAUAUUCACCACACACACUAUGCCACGGGGGGGAAACCCAAAGAACAGGUGGAUGCGGAAGCCAUGAGGAUGCACGGGGGAUUGGCCUGGAACAUGGAGCAACACCACUUUGGAUCCAAGUCACGCAACUUUGCAGAUGGGAUGAGUGUCGGCCCCAGUGCCAUGGACCCCAUGGGUUACGGCAGUAAAGGAAGCACACUGUCAAAGCGACCGGUCAGAAAAGGAGAUGAUGGUCGAAACUUUGAGAUGCGAGAGCCCUUGCCCCCUGAUGAUAUUGAGAAGAACCAGAAGAUCUUGCAGUGGAUGAUGGAGGGCGAGAAGGAAGCUGGCCGCUAUAAGAAGAGCCCUUACGGGAGCAUAUCUGGCUCCAAGAAGGCUCAGAGUCACGAGGUGUCGAAGCCCAGCUCGGUGGAGCGGCCGGGGGCUGUGCACCCUUGGGUUACCGCUCAGCUCCGCAACAAUGUGCAGCCCUCCCAUCCCUUCAUCCAGGAUCCAACCAUGCCCCCCAACCCUGCCCCUAACCCCCUCACCCAGCUGGAAGAGGCGCGCAGGCGGCUUGAGGAAGAGAGGAGGAAGUCUGGAACAUUGCAGGCUAAGCAGAGGCAUAAGAAUAUGAAGAAGCAGCCCUGUGAGAACAUCACCGUGGCCUAUUACUUCUGUGGAGAGCCCAUCCCGUACAGGACGUCCGUCAAAGGAAGGAUCGUCACGCUGGGACAGUUCAAGGAGCUGCUUACUAAGAAAGGGAGCUACAGGUAUUAUUUCAAGAAAGUGAGCGAUGAGUUUGACUGCGGAGUGGUGUUCGAGGAGGUACGUGAAGACGAUGCCAUCCUGCCCAUCUUCGAGGAGAAGAUCAUCGGAAAAGUCGAGAAGAUCGACUGAUGCCGGGGAGGGAGGGAGGCGGGAAGAGAGGUACACGGGGCUGCAGAGGUGCAGCAGGAUAUGGAGAAAAGCAGGAAGCGGCGAGCAGGUGCUGAGAUUGGUACAGCGAACGUGGAUGUGCAGGAGAGCGAGAGGUGCAGAACAGGGACGGUUGCUGUGGAAAGUACACUAUUGACUCCGAGGCGUCUACCUCCGCACAGCGGCUUUUAAAGUCAUACAGCUGCGCAGUGCGCUCAAGAUCACUGCAUUGGUGCACGGAGAGAGCCCUUGGACUCACAGAGACGAAAGCGUGAGGCAGCAUUCUCUCACUUUUGCUAUAUU